CUCGUCUUCCUUUUCGCCGCCCUCUCCUCCUCUCUGUUACCUCUCUGAGCCCUAACGCUCGAUCGGUUGCCCCUCCCCCUUCUCUUCUCCAAUCGCAUUCUCCUCAGUGUGGGGACGAAGGGCUAGGGGUCCGGAUCGAGCUCCCCGCAGGGCGGUGUCGGCGGAAUACCGUCAAAUUUCCUCUCAUCUUUUGGAAUUUCAGGAAGAGUUUCUUAUUUUUGGGUAUUGGGUCUGGUUGAUGUCGUUCUCGGAGCUCAAGGACCGGCACGUGGCCGCGACGGCGACGGUGAACACUUUGAGGGAUCGGCUGAAUCAGAAGCGGCAGCAGCUUCUUGAUACGGACGUGGCUGGAUACGCGAAGAGCCAGGGGAGAACGGCAGUCAACUUUAGCUCGACGGAUCUGGUUUGCUGUAGGACAUUGCAGGGUCAUACAGGAAAGGUCUAUUCACUGGAUUGGACGCCUGAAAAAAAUCGCAUAGUUAGUGCAUCCCAGGAUGGGAGGUUAAUUAUAUGGAAUGCUUUGACAAGCCAGAAAACACAUGCUAUUAAGCUUCCUUGUGCUUGGGUCAUGACCUGUGCCUUUGCUCCAAAUGGACAUUCUGUUGCAUGUGGUGGCCUUGAUAGUGAAUGCUCCAUUUUCAAUCUUAAUUCUCAAGUUGACAGAGAUGGUAACAUACCAGUUUCAAGGGUUCUUACUGGACACAAGGGCUAUGUAUCUUCUUGUGAGUUUGUCCGUGAUCAGGAUACUCGCUUAAUUACCGGCUCAGGUGAUCAGACAUGUGUAUUAUGGGAUGUGACUACUGGACAGAGGAUCUCUGUUUUUGGUGGUGAAUUUCCUUCAGGACACACAUCUGAUGUAUUGAGCAUCUCAAUCAACAGUUCGAAUUCAAAUAUGUUUGUCUCUGGUUCUUGCGACGCAACUGCUCGGUUAUGGGAUACUCGAAUUGCUAGUCGGGCCAUUCGAACAUAUCAUGGUCACCAUGGUGAUGUUAACUCUGUCAAGUUCUUCCCAGAUGGACAAAGGUUUGGAACUGGGUCAGAUGAUGGAACAUGCAGGUUGUUUGAUAUGAGAACAGGGCAUCAGCUUCAAGUAUACUCUCAACAGCAAGCCAACAAUGACCAAGAUAUCCCAAUUGUCACAUCCAUAGCAUUCUCUAUAUCUGGAAGACUCCUCUUUGCUGGGUACUCCAAUGGUGAUUGCUAUGUGUGGGAUACUCUCUUAGCUGAGGUAGUUGUUAAUCUGGGAAAGCUACAGAAUUCUCACGAGGGCCGCAUAAGCUGCUUAGGUUUGUCUGCUGAUGGGAGUGCUUUAUGCACAGGAAGUUGGGACAAGAACCUGAAGAUCUGGGCUUUUGGAGGACACAGGAAGGUGAUCUAAUCUUUGGCUUUAUUGUGUUAAAGCGGACAACUUUAGUUUGUGGCUGAACUGGGACUCCUGUCGAAUUAACUACUAUAUCUAUAAGAGACUGAACAUCAAGAUGUAAACCAUGAACAUUAAGUUCUCAGAUGCAUCACUCCAACCAGGUCAGUCUAAAGGCUCUGAGAAGCAGCAUUAAAGUUUGCCAGCGCUUUUCUUAGUUCCUUUGCUAUGCAUCAUAUGUUGCAACUGUUUUGUCAUCGGACUGUUUCCCAAGCCUGGUUCAUUAUACUGAUUCAUCAUGCAUCUCCCUGUUGUAUGUUGUUGGAAAUUCUCUGUAUUAGUUGACUUAGAUUAUCCAUAAUAUUAUCAUCGUUAAAAUUAU